GACAAACGGACUGACCAAACAAAUUCACGGAGCACUCAGUAGAGGACAGCCGGGGACGCUCACGCCGCUAUCAGAGAUGUCCCUGCUAUGUGUGGGAGUGAAGAAAGCCAAGCUGGAUGGACCCCAAGAGAAGUUCAACACUUAUGUGACUCUGAAGGUACAAAAUGUGAAGAGCACAACCAUUGCUGUCAGGGGCAACUUGCCCAGCUGGGAGCAAGACUUCAUGUUUGAAAUUAACCGCCUGGACCUGGGUCUGACAGUAGAGGUGUGGAACAAAGGAUUAAUCUGGGACACCAUGGUCGGCACUGUGUGGAUUCCCCUCCGUAGUAUCCGACAGUCAAAUGAGGAAGGUCCAGGGGAGUGGCUCACACUGGACUCUCAGGUCAUCAUGGCUGAUAAUGAAAUCUGUGGCACCAAAGAUCCCACUCUCCACCUGGUGCUGCUCGACAUGCGCUUUGAACUGCCUCUCGAUAUCCCUGAGGAUGAGGCACGAUACUGGGCCAAAAAACUGGAGCAGCUCAACGCCAUGAGGGACCAAGAUUAUUCGUACCAGGAGGAGCAGGAACGCCCUCUCCGUGUACCAGGAACCCAGUGCUGUAACUGGAGUCUAUGGGGAGACCAACAAAAUGAAGACCCAGACAGUGCUGUGGACGACAGGGACAGCGACUAUCGCAGUGAAACCAGUAACAGCAUCCCCCCUCCCUACUACAGCACAUCCCAGCCCAACGCCUCUGUCCACCAGUAUCCCAUCAGCCAGCAGCACCGCAGCUCCAGAAGCUUCUCUUACUCACACUCUGGCAACAGCCACGACCUCGAAUACCAGAAUCAGAGGACUGUCAGUCCCUCAGGGAGCUAUGCAUCAUCUGCAGAGCUGAGCCGGUGCAGCAGUCAGCUGAGCGAGGAGGACUAUGGUGGUGAAUAUGGCGAGAGGGACCCUUACGAUGAGAACGACUCUUACCACUCCUGCCACUCCUCGGUUAGCUACAGUAAAGGCUCUCCAGACUGGGACCCUGAUGAGACCCAGGGGGCGUACAGCGAUGAGGGUGGCUACAGCAAAGACGGGGGAGAGGAGGCGGCUCUGUACGAGGAGGAUGACGGAGGAUUGUAUGGGGGAGAAGAGGAGGGCCUCUAUGAGGAUGAGGAGAUGAUGUAUGAUGACGAGGAUUUGUACAAUUUGGAUGGGACCCUCAGUGAGGACAUGGAGCCACCAUUCACCCCCACCCCAACGUCAACAGCCCCCCCAGCUCUAGAUGUACCCAGCUCCAGACCUCCUCUAGAGAAACAGCCCUCCUUACACCAACAGCAGCCCUUUUCUCAACCCCCUAACCAAACAUCCAUCCAGUCUCAUCCUCCCGGCAUAACCCCAUCAGCACAGCCCCUUUCUGGUCAACCAACAGCCCAAGCACCUAAACAGCCCCAUCCCCAAACACAGCCUCAGCCACAGCCAGCCCCGUCUGCCACGUCCUUCUUCUCAAUGGCCAAACCUCUAACAGCUGCAGUCACAGGCUUGGCCUCUACUUUCCUGUCCUCUGUUCCCACCGCCCAACCUGCCCAGUCUGCCCAGCCUGUCCAGUCUCACCCUACAGCUCCAGCCAUAUCUCAACAACACCACUCUGCUGCAGCCAAAGCUGUCCCUCCAUCCCACCCAGCCACCGCAGCUAACUCAGCCUCCCAGACCCCCUCCACUGCUAUGGGCCCUUCCUCCCAGCAGAUCCCAUCCUCUGGGCAGCCUCAAUCCCAUCUCAAUGGUCCCGCCACCACACAGUCAGCUGCCCCUGAGGACCAGGCUCUCCAGCUGGAGGAUGAGCCAUGGCUAGAAGAGGAAAUGAUGUUGGAGAAGGAGGCCAUGAUGUCCCCUGCUCAGCCAGAGGAGAAGCUCCCCGUGAAGGAGAAAGAGGAGCAUUUUGAAGAGAGCAGGCCAUCGACGCCAGUAGAGGAAGAAGAGAUGCCGCUUGAGAGUCCUCCAGUCAUAGUGGAGCCCAAAGAGCCAGUGGAUCCAGCAGUCAGAGCCAAAGAGAACUGGCUAAGGCUCUACAACAAAGUCUUAGAACAGCUUCGGGAGGCUCGAGGAGAGACCUCCAGCUCGCUGUGGUUUGGUAAAGGAGGAAUGGGAGGUGCACUCUACAGUAUUGACAGCAUGCCUGACCUUCGCAAGAGGAAGGCCAUUCCUCUUGUCAGAGAUCUGGCAAUGUCCCUAGUGCAGAACUCACGUAAGGCUGGAAUCACCUCCGCCAUGGCUUCCACCACUCUCGGCAAUGAAGAGCUGAAAAGUCACGUUUAUAAAAAGACCCUGCAGGCUCUGAUCUACCCCAUCUCCUCCACCACUCCACACAACUUUGAGGUGUGGACAGCCACCACCCCCACCUACUGCUACGAAUGCGAGGGGCUGCUUUGGGGUAUCGCCCGACAAGGCAUGCGCUGCUCCGAGUGCGGUGUCAAAUGCCACGAAAAGUGCCAGGACCUGCUCAACGCUGACUGUCUGCAGAGAGCUGCAGAGAAGAGCUCCAAACACGGGGCGGAGGACCGAACCCAGAACAUCAUCAUGGUCCUGAAGGAUCGCAUGAAGAUCAGAGAGAGGAACAAACCAGAAAUCUUUGAGCAAAUCCAGGAAGUGUUCGGCCUCGACAAAAUAACACACGCCACGCACAUGAAACAAAUCAAGCAGAGCGUGCUUGACGGGACCUCGAAAUGGUCAGCGAAGAUCAGCAUCACUGUGGUAUGUGCUCAGGGCCUGCAGGCUAAAGACAAAACAGGCUCCAGUGACCCUUAUGUGACUGUUCAAGUUGGGAAGACCAAGAAGAGAACCAAGACCAUCUACGGCAACCUCAACCCUGUCUGGGAAGAAAACUUCCACUUUGAAUGCCACAACUCGUCUGACCGCAUCAAGGUACGCGUGUGGGACGAGGAUGACGACAUCAAGUCGCGUGUGAAACAGAGGUUCAAACGUGAGAGCGAUGACUUCCUGGGUCAAACCAUCAUCGAAGUCCGGACUCUGAGCGGGGAGAUGGACGUGUGGUACAACCUGGACAAGAGAACUGAUAAGUCUGCUGUGUCAGGAGCCAUUCGGAUGCACAUAAGUGUGGAGAUCAAAGGAGAGGAGACAGUUGCUCCUUACCAUGUCCAGUACACCUGUCUACAUGAGCAUCUGUUCCAGUACACUACUGAGGAGCAGAAUGGUGGCGUAGUAAAGAUCCCUGAUGCCAAGGGGGACGAUGCCUGGAAGGUGUAUUUUGAGGAGACUGCUCAGGAGAUAGUGGACGAGUUUGCCAUGAGAUACGGAGUAGAGUCCAUCUACCAGGCCAUGACCCACUUUGCCUGUUUGUCAUCUAAGUACAUGUGCCCAGGAGUGCCAGCUGUGAUGAGCACCCUGCUUGCCAACAUCAACGCUUACUAUGCCCACACCACCCAGUCCUCCAACAAUGUUUCUGCCUCGGACAGAUUUGCUGCAUCAAACUUUGGCAAGGAGAGGUUUGUUAAACUGCUGGAUCAGCUGCACAACUCCCUGAGGAUCGACCUGUCCAUGUACCGGAAUAACUUCCCUGCCAGCAGUCCUGAAAGACUACAAGACCUCAAGUCCACAGUUGAUCUCUUGACUAGCAUCACAUUCUUCAGGAUGAAGGUCCAGGAGCUGCAGAGUCCCCCCAGGGCAAGUCAGGUGGUGAAGGACUGUGUAAAAGCCUGUCUCAACUCCACCUACGAGUACAUUUUCAACAACUGCCACGACCUCUACAACAGGGAAUAUCAGACAGACCCUUCAAAGGCAGUCCCUCCAGAUGAGCAGGGUCCCAGCAUCAAAAACCUGGACUUCUGGUCCAAACUCAUCACCCUCAUCGUCUCCAUCAUAGAGGAGGACAAAAACUCCUACACUCCUUGUCUCAAUCAGUUUCCCCAGGAACUGAAUGUGGGCAAGAUCAGCGCCGAGGUCAUGUGGAAUAUGUUUGCACAAGAUAUGAAAUACGCCAUGGAGGAGCAUGAGAAGAACCGCCUGUGUAAAAGCGCAGAUUAUAUGAACUUGCACUUCAAGGUGAAGUGGCUCUAUAACGAGUACUGCAAGGAGCUGCCCACUUUCCAGAAGCACGUACCUGAAUAUCCAGCCUGGUUCGAACCAUUUGUCAUCAUGUGGUUGGACGAGAAUGAAGAAGUGUCUAGAGAUUUUCUACAUGGAGCCCUGGAGAGGGACAAAAAAGACGGGUUCCAGGUCACAUCAGAGCACGCUUUGUUCUCCUGCUCAGUGGUAGACGUGUUCUCUCAGCUCAAUCAGAGCUUUGAAAUCAUCCGCAAACUGGAGUGUCCCGACCCUCAGAUCGUUGGCAACUACAUGAAGAGAUUCGCCAAGACCAUCGGCAAUGUCCUGCUGUCUUACGCUGACAUCAUUGCAAAGGAAUUUCCAAAUCAUGUCAAGAAGGAGAAAGUGCCAUGUAUCAUCAUCAAUAACAUUCAGCAGCUCAGAGUUCAGUUGGAGAAGAUGUUUGAAGCCAUGGGAGGCAAAAAUCUCAAUGUGGAGGCUAGUGACUUCCUCAAAGAGCUGCAGAACAAACUCAACAAUGUUAUGGACGACCUCAGCCGCAUCUUUGCUGUCAGUUUCCAGCCCCAGAUUGAGGACAACGUGAGGCAAAUGGGAGACAUCCUAGCCCAGGUAAAGGGUCAGACCGUCCCGGCCAACGGCAGCGUGGUUCAGGAGGCCGACAACGUCCUGCAGCCCAUCAUGGACUUCCUGGACAGCAACCUGUCACUGUUUGCUAAGAUCUGUGAGAAGACAGUCCUGAAGAGAGUGCUGAAGGAGCUGUGGAAACUAGUGAUGAACACAAUGGAAAAAACAAUUGUGCUUCCAACACUUACUGACCAGACGGUUAUUGGCACUCAGAUGAUCUUCAACGCUGCCAAAGAGUUGGGCCAGCUGUCCAAACUCAAGGAGCACAUGGGGCGAGAGGAGGCCAAAGCUCUAACUCCUAAACAGUGUGCAGUAAUAGAGCUGGCACUGGACACUAUUAAGCAAUACUUCCACGCCGGUGGUGUGGGCCUGAAGAAAACGUUCUUGGAAAAGAGUCCAGACCUGCAGUCUCUGCGCUACGCCUUGUCUCUGUACACCCAGGCCACAGACAAGCUCAUCAGGAAGUUUGUCCUCUCACAGAGCGCUCAGGUCCAUGGAGGGAAAGGGAUCAGGUGCACGGCAAAUGAAGACACACCACCAGAGAAAGCAUCUGGAGUGGAUGCAGUUGGCGAGGUGGUCAUGUGUGUGGACAUUUUACCCCAACCUAAUGGAGAACACAAGAUCAGUGUGAAAGUGGUGGCUGCUAAUGACCUGAAAUGGAAAGCGCAGGGCUUCAGGCCCUUCGUGGAAGUCUACAUCAUCGGCCCUCACCUCAGUGACAAGAAGAGGAAAUUUGCCACCAAGUCCAAGAACAACAGCUGGUCACCCAAAUUCAGUGAGAGCUUCCAGUACUCCUUGGGCACUGAGGUCGGUCCAGAGAGCUACGAGCUGCAGGUGUGUGUGAAGGACUACUGCUUUGCCAGAGAGGACCGCACUGUAGGCAUCGCCGUGCUGCAGGUGAAGGACAUAGCCAGCAAGGGCAGCGUCACCUGCUGGAUGCCGCUGGGCAGACGCGUCCACAUGGACGAGACGGGCCUGACGGUGCUGCGCAUCCUCUCUCAGCGCAACAACGACGACGUGGCGAAAGAGUUCGUCAAGCUCAAGUCGGAGCAGCGCUCAGCUGAGGAGGGUCGCAGCUGAGGGGGGUUGAGAGAGUGAGGACAGACACGUGUGCACAAAAACACCAGAGACAUACCUGAUAGACAUCGAAUUAUGCACACAUAUAGUACUCACACCUACAUAGAUAGACAACCAUGUGCAAUACACAAGCACACACAUGAAAAUGCUCUGUUGUACAUAUAUCUGCAUACAUUAUGCAACAUUUACAUUGCAAUGUUAUCAAUGCAAACAUGGAGGAAUAUGUUUAUAUAAAUUCAUAUUUAAUUUUGAAUAUUUCAAACAGCUCAACUCAAAGCUCUCAGUUUAGGGUUAGCCUCACUUUAGCAAACACUCGUCAGUCCCUCGCUCAGUCUUUCCUAGAACACAUCACACCUUUUAUACGCUGUACAUUUAUAUGUGAUAUAAUGCAGCGCAGAACAACAACAAAACCAUGUGAAUAGAUUGAGAACGACCACUUUGCACUUAUGCUCACUGUGUCUUCAGGAGAGCAGUCCUUACCUAGCUAUGCUCUGUCCGUCCGUCUAUCUGUCCGCUUGUUUGCCUGACUGUGAGUCGUUCUUCCAGCCCCCCCCUCCCAGUCGUUUACUCUGCAUAGUCUUCCCACGGUGUGAUGUGCUGUGUAAGUUGGAGUUCAGGCACAGAUCUGAGAUCAGUUUCCUUUUGCCCCAAAAAUCCAAAUAGAGAAAAAACACACAACACUGACCUUAGAUCAGUGUCCAGGGGCAACACCUCUGCUAGUCUGUCCUGUAUUGUACUAACGUCCUGCAUGUUGACCCCAGGAACACUGUGAUUGACUUUGCUGUAACCAUGGCAACCAUUCUCCUCCCCACACAUAAAAGAUGGGUGCCUCCAAUAUUUUACCUGUUUGAGCAUGGUGCAUAUAAAACCCUGGUACAGUAAGGUUUCAUAAUUAUGACCUGACUAACCUUCAUCAUCAUGGAGAAAACACACCGACAGUGGGAAAAAAAUGCUGAGCCUGAUAUGUAAUGUGAACAAACGGAGCAAUACCCCAGGGUCUAACACAUCCACACCCCUAGAGUGCACAUUAACUCCAAAAAGGGCUACAGGAUCAGUGGACUGGGAUGUCAGUUUACGCACUAAUACAUACUGUCCAUGCUUCUGUUGGCAAAUUGACCCACAAGGUUUCCCCCACGUGCCCCUCGUCUACCUGCGCUGCCAUAGAAACCCUGCCACACUGCAGACACGCUCCGAUUCAGAAAGCCUCUUCAUGAGUGACACAGUGGAAGAACUUGAAAAUAAAUCCACAUGAAGCUUAAAGGACACACGAUGCUCGCUGGAACACUUUCCCUCCUGGUCGCCUGCACACAUAUCUAAACCCAUCUCUUUAAGGCAAUAGUGUUUUGUUUGUAUAUUCACUGAACCUUGUGGUUUUUAUGAAGAACAAACUCUCUGUGAACACUGCUGUGUCUUUUGUUAUUGUGUGUGUGCAUGUGUGUGUGUGUGUGUGUGUGUGUGUGUGUGUGUGUGUGAGUGAGCUGAUUGUCACACCUGCAAAAUGGGCUCUGAGAUUGUGAGCAAUAUAUUUUACCUACUCAAAAUGUAUGGCUGUCAAUAUAACUACAGCCGCACCAACUGCAAUACCUACAUCCAAGGAAUGGGAAACUUAUGAAUCUUUAUUUUUUGUGUGUAAAUCACUAAGAUUUUAUUUAUCCCCAUUUGUUGGAAUUGUGUGCGCUUUUUCUCACGUGUUUUAGAUAAGAGAGAAGGAAAGUGUUUUGUCCUUGAAUUCCUAUUUGCCUUUAGUAGGACCAAAUUUGCACAAACCACAUCUGGAGUUUGUUUGUUCUGUUUAGUUUUUUCAAAGAAAGAAGCCAUCAGAGUCACCGCCAAGCAUUUAUGUUGUUUAGGUCUUAGUUUCAGUCUUAUGGGCGUAAAUGGACCUCUUUAAACGGUGAGCAAACACUCACAGUCGUAGCCCGGCUCGUCUUGUAGUCUCUUUGUGAAACUUGAUGAUGUCAGGGACAGUAAGAGUAAACGCUGCAGUAGGUUUUCCUGUUGCAGUGUGGAGCCACACCAGACGUCACUGCUGGCCUGUCACAUGUUGUCUUUACUGAAAACUGUUGAAUUCUACCAAAAACAAAGCUUCUGAAUGUUAUUUAAGCUCAGCAGAGCCUUCUUCCUACGAUCAAAGGGAUAGUUCAAUCCAAAAACCACGACUAGUUUGGGGGAGACACACACACACCAACUCAUGCCUUUUUAAUUUAGGCGUCCAAAUUUCACUUAAAUAAACGGAUCAUGAGUUCAGUCAUCGCUUGAUUUUUGGGUGAACUAGCCUUUUAAAAGGAGCUUUCCCAGCCCAUUUAACACACAGUGCAGUUACAUUGUUUGUAUGUGUUGUCUAAGUAAUCCCAGGGCUCAAGACAAAACUUUACAUGUCAGGUUGAAGUUGAAAAAGCACCAAAAAUAAAACCCCCCAUAAUCCAUCAUCUAGUUUGGGGCUCGUUGGUUGCCUGCUUCGUGUAUGUACGCACAGACACCACCGCACACAGACACACUGAUGACACACACACACACACACACACAGACCAAUCUCGGCUCAAGCACAAAAAGGGCACAUGUAAGAUGACACACAUGCAUGCAUGCACACCAACACAACUUUGUGGAGACCAAUGACGCCCACCUUGUAAAUAGAUUCAACUUACAAUUGCAUGAUGGGAAACUUUAUCGUGCCAGCACGCGUCUCUUUGAUGUUACUUGACUUUUUAUUUUCCUUGUUUUUAAUUUCCAAAGCUAUGUAAUGACUCAUCAGUGUUUUUUGUUUUUUUAAAAGGCUUGUGAAUACGUCAUCUGUAAUCAAUAUGAACGUAGUGUGAACACAGACCUCGCAUGAGAGAAUUAUUUUCUACUAAGGAUGUUUCUAAUUUGUUUCUUAUCAUUAUUGAUCGUUCUUUAAUGAGGAUGAAGUGGAACUGGAAUGCAGCCUGAUUGUGAUCUGCUUCCUAUUAAAAGGACAUUUGUGUCACAAUCUAAA